ACUCGCGCCGCAAUCCGGAGCCUGAAAGAGCUGGAGUAACACCCACACACACACUCUCGCUCUCUCACACACACACACACACACUUGAAGUUUCACACGCACACGUCGACUGGGAAGAGCGAGAAUGGAUCGACAGCAUCUCGUACCGGGAAGAUAACGGAACUUUACCUGAGAAUCGGGAGCUGUGCGAACCGAUAGAAAGCGUGCCAGAAGAAAAAGAAAGAGCCAAGAAAAAGAGAAGUUACCUCCUUAGGCUUACUAAUACAGAAAUCCACACCGCUGGAGUGUGGUGCAACACAAUGAUUCAAGCAGGAAGGAAUAGCUAUCUAAGUGGGUGAAGCCCCCUCCCUCCUGCCGAGCUGUCGCCUGUCAUGUCUCAGAGAGCCCAUCCUGACAGAGACACAGAGACAGACAUGAAGACACACACGGAGUGACCGAAGAGUCAGUUAAGAGACGAAGAGGGGAGACAGAGAAAAGAGAAGAUAUAAUAGAGCGGACAGAGGAGAACUGAGGAUAAUGAUCGAAGAGGCGGGGAGGAGAGGGAUGGCAGAGUGGAAACAGGUCGUUUCAGAGAUGGGAGCUCAGAAAUUUGAUGAGAUUCGCCUGUCGACGUAUCGUACCGCCUGCAAGCUCCGAUACAUCCAGAAGAAAUGCAACCUCCACCUCAUCGAUGUGUAUAAUGUGAUCGAGGCGAUCCGGGACAGUGGUCUGAACGCGGUGGACCUGUCGGCGGAGGUGUCCGUGUUGUGUCUGGAGAACCUCCUGUCAUCGCUGUUCAACCAGCUCAGCAAGCGUCUGCCCACCACACACGUGAUCCAGCCCAGAGACAGCACAGUGCUACUGCUGGGAUUCCUACUGCACGCUGCAGAGAGUGAGGGUCGAACCAGGUUAACGGUCCUGUCAGUGAAGUCCAUGUUGGCAGUCAUGUGUGGAGGGAAACUUGUGGACAAACUACGCUAUGUGUUCUCCCAGGUGAGUGACAGUGCUGGGGUGAUGGUGUUGUCUAAGUUUGACUGGUUCCUCCAAGAGGCUUUGAAGCUGCCGACUGCUGUCAACGAAGGGCCGUCCUUUGGUUACAGCCACACCUCUGCAAGAGCCUGCUUCCCUCAGCAGAAAAGGGUGUUGGUGAAUGAGUUCCUGGACGGGAUUCUGGAGGAGACUCCUCAGUGUCUGUUCUGGCUCCUUCUAACGCAUCGCCUGGCAGAAACAGAGAAUGUUCACCACCCUGUGUCCUGUUCGUAUUGUCGUAAUAACGGGAUGAUGGGGUUUCGCUACCGUUGUCGCCGUUGCCAUAACUACCAACUCUGCCAGGACUGCUUCUGGCGUGGCAACGCCAGCGGUUCCCAUAGCAACCAGCACCAGAUGAAGGAACACUCGUCCUGGCGCUCUCCAGUUGGGAAGAUGAAGAGGGGUCUCUCCAAGACUCUGGGGUGUGUCUCGUCUGCCCCGCCCCCACAUCCUUUCUACCCCGAACACCCGGAGAGAACUCUGGACCUCAGCCACAUAGUUCCUCCACGACCAGUUCAGAGCAGCCCCAAUGAGGCCAUGCUGCUGUCUUCAGGAGCCCCCACUCCCCAGAGGUUGGCUGCAGCUCAACGUCUGAACGAGGAACAUGCUCUGAUUGCUGCCUACGUCACCAAGUUACAGAGUGGUCCUACCACCCGUCCCAGUAAGCAGGAUGAGGAGCACAGACUGAUAGCCCGUUACGCUGCUCGGCUAGCAGACACAGACAACACAGAGGGGUCUACAGCAGUCGGAGGGUUAACCUUUGAUGCAAACAAACAACAGCGACUCCUCAUCACCCAGCUGGAGAACAAGAACAGAGAGAUCCUAGCAGAGAUUCAGCGUAUUCGUGUUGAACAGGAAGCCUGCCAGCCCAACCCAGAUAAGACAACCGCCAACCCCACCCUUCUAGCUGAACUAAGACAGCUCAGGCAGAGGAAGGAUGAGUUGGAACAGAGGAUGUCAACUUUGCAGGAGAGCAGGAGGGAACUGAUGGUUCAGCUGGAAGGACUCAUGAAGCUACUGAAGGCGCAGGCGGCUGGCUCCGCCCAGUCAUCUCCGUCGCGGCCAAUCACUGCACCGGGCCGCUCGGCGGGCCCCUCGCCCUCACACACACCGCUGCAUACACACACCCCCUCACACACUCCAACGCUGACUCACACUCCCUCUCACACACCCACGCACACACUCACUCCCUCACACACACCCACACAGACAGCACAGGACUCAAUGGCUGGAGUGGGGGGCGAUGUGCAGCAGGCAUUCACCCAGGGUCCCCGGAGGAACCUCUGUAAUGAUCUGAUAGUGGCAGCGGACUCCAUCACCCACACCAUGUCCUCACUGGUCAAAGAACUGCAUGCUGAUGAAGGUGUUGAAGAGGACGAAAGACUGCUGAAUGGGAAAAACAGGUUGAAUUAAUAAAUCCAGAGCGAUUUGACAUCACGGUGGUGGUCCCGCCCCCUCCUGAUCUCUGCAGGCUAUUAGCCAAUGGGAGCUGAGCCCAAAACUAUGCCUCUACCAAUCAAUCUAAGGAUGAGAACGCUGGACACUAAAUAGACAUCAACGGUUGUGCUUCUUCUAGAUUCCUUUUGGAUUUGAUUUAUUCUGUUUUGAUUCAAAUUGUUUUAUUCAGCUGUGAUUUUUUCGUAAAGGUGUACAGAGCUUAAGCAGAAAACUACUGAUCAGGUCUGGAGAGAGUAGAUACAGGGCGAGAGAUGGUGUGAUGGACGAAUGAGAGGAAAGGGAUGACGAGGGAAAGGAUGAUAGGUGGAUGAGAGGAUGACGCAGAGAUGAGUGAUGAUGGAAAAGAGACAGCAUAGAGAAAUGAGAUGAGGAAGAUUAAGAACGACAGAUGUAGGUUGAUGAAGGAAUGACCGAAGGAUGAUGAUGGGAUGAGAGGAUGAUGACUGGUGGAGGAUUAUGGAGGGAUGACAGGAGCGGGAUGGAGGGUGUAACUGCUGUUUAUUUAUUACUUUUUUGGUACAGGUGAGAUAAUGUGUGUGCGUGUGUGUGUGUGCGUGCGUGUGUGUGCGUGUGUGCACGUGUCUGGUGAAGAGGUCUCCAUAGUAAUUCUGCUUGCUUCCAGAACAGGGGUUCUGGGACGUUUAGGUUUUAAGCACUCUUGUUUCUCAGGCUCCAGACCUUCUGUUGUGUGUGUGCGUGAUAACAUGUGAGUGUACAACUGGAUAGAUGAAUACAUGAGGGAAAGCGAGGGGGGAGCAUGUGGACAGGUUCUGAGGUCGCGAUUGUAAAGCUGAUCCGGUUGUUCUAAAAUAAAUAUUAUUUAACAACAAACUAGUGCAUCUA